UGAUGGUUGUGAAGCGGCAGCAGCGUCAAGGGUUUCUGCGUCCGAGGUUGUGAGAGGAGCAGCGUGAUGGCCGCCCACGGCCGCCUCAACACACUAUUCUGACGAUCAUUGGUCACGCCCGGACACUCUCACCCCCGACCACCAUACAGUCUUUGGUGCGUGUUAAAGUGUAUGUCAUACAACACUACGGCAGUGGCGAGUGGUGAUGAUAGCACGACCAGGUGUAUGAGGUGUGCAGUGAGGGACUGUGUUGUGAGCAGUGAGGGUGGGUGUGAGGGCGGCGGAUGGUGCCUCAUAGAGCACAAAGUUGCCUAAUUUGGCUCUGAAUGGUGUCUUAGAUUGGUGAUGUUAGCAAACCGUCCAUGAGAAGCUGCUGGUGCCAAGACCAGUUGAUGCGUAGGUGUGUCCCGCCAGUGUGGCUGCUGGUGCUCGACCCCCAGGACUCCCGCCGCCCCCACGACUCCCUCACGGUGCUCCAUCCUUUAUAUGUUGUUACGGACGGAAAGUUUGUGUGAGGAGGUGGCGUGCAGGUGUGGCGGAGAGGUGGUGUUAGUGGCGCGGGCGUCGUGAUGACCACACUGUGCACGACUCCAGAGUCUCUCCCCUCCCCCAGGGCGGCAGACGCAGCCCCAGGCUUCACCUCGCCCCCCGACCCCUCCCCACGUUCCUACGACACCGCGCCCUUCCCAGGGGACACCCCUCCCCCGUCUUACCCCGGCAGAGGCGACACCGACUACGAAGUGCCCUUCUUCACGGUGGCGCACUACCGCACGCCCACGGCGCCCACCACCUACGAGUACGCCGCCACUCACGCCGCCUUCCCGGAAGUGGUUGGGGAGGCUUUGUACAAUGGUGGCCUUGACAGCUCUGUCACGUCUCCGGUGGAGUUGGCCUUUGGCGGCAGCAUGACGGACUCCGGCCGGUGGUGGCCGCGGGCUGAGGCCUCUCAGGACACCACGCCCAGCCACACCCCAGCCCGCUCCCCCGUGGGCCUGCCUGGCCCUCUGCCCCGACCCGAGCCAGACUACACCCCGCCGCCACACCCUCCAGGCACCUUUAUCCGUAGAGUGUACGGCUCGCACGACCGCACGCCCGUGGGGUGUCUGCACGCCGCCGCCGGCACCGCCCCGCGGGGCCACAAGCCCGCCCCGUUAAAAAGUGCUCAGCAAGGAGGCUCGCGGCCCAACCGCACUCACGACGACACGCCCGUCAGGGGCUCCGUGGACUUCGUCCUGGACCAGCCCUCACGGACCCCCAACAGGAGCAGGAGUGGGUCCCGCCGGGGGGCGACGACCCCCGGCAAGCGCUCUGCGCCCACCACCCCCGGGGACGACCACGCCCCCAGAGAGGUCGGAUGGGCGACAGAAGACCCCAGGACUGCCCCGUCGCAGGACGCAACUGCGGCACGUCAGGGGUCAGUCGCGGGGUCCGACAGCAGCGCCAACAGGGAGGCGGGGGCGGCGUCGAGCGCAGUCACGGAGGGGAGCGGCGGCGUGGACACGAGCGCAGUGUACGAGGACGCCGGCGUGAGUGACGCCGCGGACCGCUUAGAGUCCGCCGUCCACUCCAGCUCCUCCUCCGAGGUGAUGGUCACCCCCAGGACCCCCCGCACCCCCCGCACCCCCAGGAGCAAGUCCAGAGAGCCUUCCUUCUGCCUGGAGCUGGAGGACGACGAGUACCCCAAGACGGAGUCGGAGUACAUGUCGCUCCUCAACGCUAAGAUUGCCGAGGCCCACGAGCGCCAGCUCCUGCCCCUCAAGGAGGACCUGGCGGACUGGCUCUCCAAGCUCCUCGGUGUGGAGGACCUGACGGCGGAGAACCUGAUAGCACAGCUGGACAACGGUGUGCACGUGUGUCACCUGGCCGAGGUCAUCUCCAGGCGGGCCCAGGAGGCCAGGGACAAGGGCAUCUCUUCUCUGGCACUUACUUCCCAUCAUACCCUCCCGUCCACCCCGCCCGUCGACCCUCCCGUCCACCCCGCCCGUCCACCCUCCCCGUCCACCCCGCCCGUCCACCCUCCCCGUCCACCCCGCCCGUCCACCCUCCCGUCCACCCCGCCCGUCCACCCCGCCCGUCCACCCUCCCCGUCCACCCCGCCCGUCGACCCUCCCGUCCACCCCGCCCGUCCACCCUCCCCGUCCACCCCGCCCGUCCACCCUCCCCGUCCACCCCGCCCGUCGACCCUCCCGUCCACCCCGCCCGUCCACCCUCCCCGUCCACCCCGCCCGUCGACCCUCCCGUCCACCCCGCCCGUCCACCCUCCCCGUCCACCCUCCCCGUCCACCUCGCCCGUCCACCCCACCCGUCCACCCCGCCCGUUGACUCUCCCGUCCACCCCGCCCGUCGACUCUCCCGUCCACCCUCCCCGUCCACCCUCCCCGUCGACCCUCCCGUCCACCCCGCCCGUCCACCCUCCCCGUCCACCCCGCCCGUCGACUCUCCCGUCCACCCCGCCCGUCCACCCCACCCGUCGACUCUCCCGUCCACCCCGCCCGUCCACCCCACCCGUCGACUCUCCCGUCCACCCCGCCCGUCCACCCCGCCCGUCCACCCCACCCGUCGACUCUCCCGUCCACCUCGCCCGUCGACUCUCUCGUCCACCCCGCCCGUCCACCCUUCCCGUCGACUCUCCCGUCCACCCCGCCCGUCCACCCCGCCCGUCCACCCCACCCGUCGACUCUCCCGUCCACCCCGCCCGUCCACCCCACCCGUCGACUCUCCCGUCCACCCCGCCCGUCCACCCCACCCGUCGACUCUCCCGUCCACCCCACCCGUCGACUCUCCCGUCCACCCCGCCCGUCCACCCCGCCCGUCCACCCCGCCCGUCCACCCCGCCCGUCCACCCUGUGGGAACCGACCUGUGA